AUGAAUCCGACGGACUCGUUCCGCAAGGAGCAGCGGAAGCGCGAGAUCAAGAAGAACAAGGUGGAGCGCCGCAAGGUCCGCGAGACCGGCGUUCUUCGAAGCGAUCCGGUCGCCAUUCGCGAGCAGAUCGCUAAGCUCAACGCCGCGAAGUCCGAGGGGCCCAUGGAGAAGACUCGCAAGCACAAGCUGAGGCAACUGGAGGACCGGCUGCAGCUGGUGGUGAAGAAACGCAAGGAGUUUGAGCAGAAAAUGAGGGAGCGGGGGGAGGACCCAGUCAUGUUCAGCCACCUCACGGCCCCUCGCAAGUCUGCCAACGAAGCCAUCAGGAACCUUCGCCCAGAGGAUUCCGUAUACUAUCAUCCAACCUUGAACCCCACCGGCCAGCCCCCGCCAGGAAAAGCGCCCAUGUAUCGACCCUCUCUCUCUAGACCAUCAGCAGGGCAAGGGGAAGAGGAGGAGGAUGAGGACGAGGAGGAGGGGGAUUCAAUGGAUGAAGAUGAGGAGGAGGAUGAGGAGGACGAGGAGGAGGAAGAGGGGGAGGGGGAAGGAGACGAGGGAAUACAUGGUACAGGGGCAGCAGGGGGAGCAGCAGCGGGAAUGGUUCCCCUUCCCCCGCCCCCUCCGCCUCCCCCUCUUCCAGACGCGCACACCCUCCCCCCAGGCGUCCCCAUGCCUCUCCCCAUACCUGUCCCCGUGCCCCCCCCUCCCCCCGCCCCCCCUGGCAUGGCUCCUCCGAGUUUCCCCCCCGAAUUCCGCCCCCCGCACUUGCAACAGCCUCCCCCUCCUCCCCCCCGCGCUGGCUUUCCCCCUGGGAUGCGCCCCCCUCCCCCUCCCCCCCGACCUGGGGCAGGGGGAGGGAGGGGAGCGGAGGGGGGAGGGGAAGAGGAGGAGGAUGCUAGGCCUCCUGGGGUUGAGAUGACUGGUCCGCCUGCUGCUGCUGCUGCUGCUGCUCCGGGUGCUGGUGCCGCUGGUGCCGCUGGUGCCGCUGGUGCCGAGGGGAAAAGAAUCCCCCCUCCCCCUCCUCCCCGUCACCACCUCCCCUUGGGAUCCGCCCCCCCCGAAUCCGGCCCCCCCUCCCGUCCCCCUGGUGUUCCCCCUCCCCCUCCCCCCCGCAUUACCCCCGGAGCUCCCCCUUCCGCCACUCCCCCCAAUCUCCCCCCAGGCAUGCGCCCACCUGUUUUCCCCCCACCAAUGGCCCCCCCAGGAGCCCCCCCUGGGGGUCCCCCUGGUACUCUCCCCCCUCCGCCUCCCCCCCGCCCCAUAGGGGGAGUUCCCCCCGGCCCUCCCCCCAGACCCAUGGGAUCCGCGCCCCCAUCCAUGCACCCUCCCCCCGGUCCUCCCCCUGCACACCUCCUCCGCCCCCCCCACCCUUCCCCCGCCCCUGGCGCUCCCCCAGGCGCCCUAGUCCCCCCCGCCCAUCUUCCCCCAGGCAUGCGCCCUCCCCCUGGCCCUCCACCUGGUCGUCCGCCUAUGGGCCUUGGGGGAGGACCGGGGGGGGGCAUUCCCCCCCCGCCUCCCCCUGGGAUGAGACCCCCCCCAGGCCCCCCCCCAGCAGCAGCACUUGCCGGUGUGGGUGGGGGGAUGGGAGGAGGAGACGGGGGAGGAACGGAAGCAGGAACGGCAGGGGGAGGGGGAGCAGGAGGAGCAGGGGGGGCAGGGGGAGCGGGAGGAGCAGGGGGAGGGGGAGGGGCGGAGGGUAAGCCUACUCCUGCGUACGUGAAGGUGGCAGCACCAAUGGUGGUGAAACGACCCCUGGCACAACACACACCGGAACUCACAGCCAUGGUCCCAGCGUCCGUGCGAGUGAGAAGGCAAGAGGCACUAAUCAACCCCGAGCCAAAGGUUUCUGGUGCUGCUGCUGCAGCAGAAGCUGAUUUUUUGUUGCCUUGUCUAUCCCUCACUCUCCCCUCCUCUCUAUCACUUCACACAACUCCCUUCCAUCCACCACUCCACUCCACACCUCCAGGUCCCAGCAUCUGUCCCAGCGUCCGUGCGGGUGAGAAGGCAGGAUGCACUGAUGAAGCCCAAGCCAAAGGCUGCUGCUGCUGUCUCCCCUUGCCCAACUCGUUUAUCCCUCACUCCCCUUCCCACCUUCCCCACCACCAGGUCCCAGCGUCCGUGCGGGUGAGAAGGCAGGAUGCACUGAUGAAGCCCAAGCCAAAGGCCGCUGCUGCUGCUGUCUCCCCUUGCCCAACUCGUCUAUCCCUCACUCUCCUCCACCACUCCAUCACUUCACACAACUCCCCUUACCACCUUUCCCACCACCAGGUCCCAGCGUCUGUGCGGGUGAGAAGGCAGGAUGCACUGAUGAAGCCCAAGCCAAAGGCCGCUGCUGCUGCUGUCUCCCCUUGCCCAACUCGUCUAUCCCUCACUCUCCUCCACCACUCCAUCACUUCACACAACUCCCCUUACCACCUUUCCCACCACCAGGUCCCAGCGUCUGUGCGGGUGAGAAGGCAGGAUGCACUGAUGAAGCCCAAGCCAAAGGCCGCUGCUGCUGCUGUCUCCCCUUGCCCAACUCGUCUAUCCCUCACUCUCCUCCACCACUCCAUCACUUCACACAACUCCCCUUACCACCUUUCCCACCACCAGGUCCCAGCGUCCGUGCGGGUGAGAAGGCAGGAUGCACUGAUGAAGCCCAAGCCAAAGGCUGCUGCUGCUGCUGCUCGGGCUGCUCCUGCUGCUGCUGCUACCCCUGCUGCCGCUGCUGCUGCGCCGAAUAAACCAGCCAGUAUUGACGACUCGUAUUCUGCUUUUAUGGAGGAAAUGAAGGAGCUGGGCGCCUUUGAAGGGGAUGAGAGCUAG